GGGCAGCUGACCCUAAGAGGGAAGUUACAGAGUUUCAGCGUCUUGCUAAAAGAGGUAAGAGGAAAUAAGAGCAGCCUAGGAGACGGCCCUUCUACACAUACAAGGGGUCCAACUGCCACUUUUCACCUGCGAGUCGGAUAACAGCCUAUGAGGGCGGGACCAGCAUGAGAAAAGGAAAAGGACGGCGGAGAUCUUUAUUCCGUUUCAAGACUGCCUUUGGAAUCCAUCCACAGAUUCCUAUGUGGAGUGAGGAGCACUCAGCCUUGGGAGCAGAGUACUACUAGGGUGAUUUUUCCACAGAGAAGAAAAGAAGUAUCUACGCUCCCUCGACUUGGAGUUUUCCCUAACCAAAUACCCAGCGUCACAUGGCUUCUGCCAUCUGGGGGACUACACCCUGGUGGGGCCCCCCUCCCCCAGCCCCAGCGCGGCCUCUCACAGACAUAGACUUCUGUUCUGGGGCACAACUGCAGGAGCUAACCCAGCUGAUCCAGGAGCUGGGUGUACAGGAGAGCUGGAGCCAAGGGCCCAACCCGGGGCCAGACCUCCUCCAGGCCAAAGACUUUGUCUUCUCUUUGCUAGGUCUUGUUCACCAAAGGGACCCCCGCUUUCCUCCCCAGACAGAGCUCUUGCUGCUUCGUGGUGGGAUUCGUGACGGUUCCCUCGACCUUGGACCAGCACACCUUGGGCCCUACACCAGGGGACCGCACUACCACACGGGCUUCACACUCCUGGUGCCAGUGUUUUCACUAGAGGGCUCUGGGCAAGAACUGCAGCUGGAAGUUCAGUCCUCUUCAGCAUGGCUCUGCCUCCCAGAGCUGAUUGACGGAACUGCAGUCAGGGAGGCAUGGCAGGACUGCCUAGGACCCCCAGUCCCAGACGGAUGUGGCUGCACUCACAGAGCCAAAUGCCAAGACGGGACUCCCUUGGAUCUGCGAGGCUCCAUGGAUCGGCCCCAUGAUUCUAUCUCUGAACCGGGCCCACAAGUGUCUUUGGAAGAACUACCUAGUAACGUUUCAGGGUCAGAGUCCACCCCGCCGUCCCGACCAGAUCUGGAUUUUCCCGUUCCGUGGAAAACACCGGAUGAUGAUGUCACCGAGGCGCCCGGCCUUGGCUCUGCCCCACGGCCGUCUGAGGUCCAGGAGGCAUGGCCCACGUUGUGUGCUGCCCAAGUCGCCGCGUGGUUCUUUGCUUCGCUGGCCGCCGUGGCCGAGUGCCUGUUCCCGGUGCCGGGGGCCCCCCGUUUGGUCCACGCGGCACGCCACGCCGGUUUCACCACCGUCCUUCUAGCUACGCCUGGGCCCCCCCGUCGCCUGCUGCUCUUCGACCUAAUACCCGCGGUAUCUGUAGCCGGUUGGCCCGAGGGGGCUCGGAGCCACUCGUGGGCCGGCCCACUGGCCUCGGACUCGCCGUCCUUUUACCUGGUGCCCGGCGGCCACGGCGAAGGGCCGGGCGCCUCCGCCUGGCAGCUCUGCUUCGCCCGCCAGGAGCUGGCGCUCAAAGCGCGCAUCCCGGCCCCGCUGCUGCAGGCGCACUCGGCCGCCCAGGCGCUGCUGCGCCCGCUGGUGGCCGGCACGCGGGCCUCGGCGCCCUACCUCCUGCGGACGCUGCUCUACUGGGCGUGCGAGCGGCUGCCCGCGCUCUACCUGGCUCGGCCGGAAAACGCCGGCGCCUGCUGCCUGGGGCUGCUGGAUGAGCUGGGCCGAGCGCUCGAGGCCGGGGCGCUGCCGCACUAUUUUCUGAGCGGCCGGAAGCUCCUCGCGGGCGACGGCGCGGCGCUGCUCGGAGCGUUGGCUCGGCUGCGCCGGGACCCUUCGGGGGCCCUGAGAGCCGCGGUGGAAGAAGCCAAGGCUGCGCGCAAGGGGGGCGGCCCAGCUGGCGCGGGCGGAGAGGCCCAGUGAGGACGCCGCCCCUCGGCGACGCGCGUGGAAAGCGCUCCUCUGGGCCACGAGCGCGGUGGAGGGGGCUGUUCGAGGCCCUCGCCCCCAGGCAAGCCGUGUGUCCCUGGGUCCCAGGCCCAGGUUCCCACUGCAGACGCCUCACCCCCUUCCGCCCCUUCCCGGGCCCUGGCCCUGGUGCUCGUGCCUCGUUCCGAAUCCCAGGCCAGCACGAUUCCCACCCUGGAGCAGCCUCCGGCCACCCUUGUCCCAAUCCUCAUGGCCUUGAAGCAGAGCUUGGGGACCACGAACUGACUCACUGGGGCGGCAAGGCCACGAGAGACGAAGAAGCUAAAUUACGCCCGGGCUAGAUGCCACUACCGUCUCCCAUUUCCUGCUCUUCUCCCAUUUUGUUCGUGCGGCUCCAUCCUCCCGUCAGGGCAGAACCCCGUCUCCGUCCUCGGAGCUGCGGUCUCCCUGGAGCCCACCCUCUCCGUCCCCCGCUUCUGUCGAGUGCAGGCGCCUCGUUCCUCCUCUUAGCCCCGAGACGUGCGGCCUCCCGAGCUCCACCGCCUCCCGGGCCGUGCUCACCCGCCGCCUCGGAGGAACCCCGGGGUUCCACCCGCCCAGCCUCGCCACCCCCACUUUCCUGGCGUCUCCGCCCCCCGCCCCGCCCCCGGGCCGGCUCUCGGAGGAGGGGGAGCUCCUGCCGCCGCCGCCGCCGCCGCCUCAGCUUCCCCGGAGCUUCCCGCAGCCGCCGCCGCCGCCGCCGCCGCCGCCGCCGCCGCAGCCACCGCUCUGCUGGGUCCAGCCACCGGGCCCAGUGCUUUGACUUCGCCGGCGAUCUGCGGAGACACCCUCCUUCCUUCCUGGGGGUCCGGGGCCCCUAGCCUGGCUCAGAGGGCAGCUCCCCUUGCGGGAGACAGGGAGGGAGGAGCCUGAAGCCGGAGCCAGCUACACCCGUCGCCGGAUCAACGAGACAGGACAGGUCGAGGGGCGUCGGGGAAGAGGGGUGCUGUGAGCAGUCCCGGGGAGGUCGAGGAAGCUGUGGCCGAAAGCCCUGUUUCUGACUCGUGGGGGGUCUGUUCACAUUUGGGGACUGGUGACAACGUGGGUGCACUUCUCCCAGGGGGCUGGUUGAAUUGGAGGACGUGGAUCUAAACAGCACCAGCUGUCCCCAAGAAAAUUAAGGGGCAGUCGUAAAAAUGCUCCUUGUUUUGAGGUGACAGGGCUCUCCAGACAAUCCCUGGCUAGAUGUACUAAAAAGGCAGAUUUGGAGGUGACUUCAAAGAAGAUUCGGAGGGUGACAAGGGGAGGAAAGGGUCUCAGCAGCUCGUGGUACGAGAAACGGGGGUGAGCUGGUGAGAAAGACAGGUAUCCGGAGAUUAAAUCCUGGCAUGCCUUCUCACCGAAGAGUGACAGUUUGAGUGUCUAAGACAG